AUGUUUAUUUGUAAGUAUGGGUUGCAGAUUUUUCCGGUGAGGUUAUCGGGUGGUGCUAAGUUGAAGGAUGUCUUAAGCAACAUUUGUAAUAGGUGGAAGAAUCUGUCGGUAGGGAGGUUUUUUGUUUCAUAUGCUUAUGAGGAUGGUUAUUGUGCUCUUCAGAAUGAAUUUGAUUUUGAGAACAUGCUUUUCUUGCUUAGUAAUUGUGAUCGCAUAAAUGCAAAGGUUGAUGAGAAUGAACAUAGUAGUAGGUUAAUUGUUGGUAGUACUAUUGAUGAAGUGGGUGAUGUUGAUGAAGUUGUUGAUGAUGAGGUAGAAUAUGUGGAUAGAAUGGACCCCGCGGAAAAGGCUGUGCUGGCUAAAUAUGCUAUUGAGAAUGACUUUAUGUACCGUUUCGUGAAAAAUGACUUACUUAGGGUUACAGUUGUUUGUGUUAUUACAGGGUGUGAAUGGAAGGUACAUGCUAUUUUAAAUAGAACCAAUGGAGUAUUUCAUAUUAAAAAGUGUCAUAAUGAGCAUAAUUGUGGGUCAACGUACCGAACCAAUAAGCAUAAGCGCGUGUCAUCCCGUCUUGUUGCGAAUGAGAUAGCUAGGAUUGUUGAGAAAAAAUCCAAGACUUCUCCAAUUGACAUGCAGGAUUGGUUUACGGACAAGUAUGGUCUUGAUUUGUGCUAUCAUAAUGCUUGGUUAGGGGUGGAGAAGGCAAGGGGGGAAUUGUAUGGAGAUUAUGAAUGUUCAUUCGAUAGGCUUCGGUGGUAUGUUAAAGCUGCAAGGGCUACGAAUCCGGGGAGCGUAUUGAGGCUAGAAUCUGAUCCUGUAACCAAAGAGUUUUCACAGCUAUUUGUGUCAUUUGAUGCUUGUAUCAAGGGGUUCAAUUACUGUCGGCCUUUUCUGUGUCUUGAUGCCACCCAUUUGAAAGGUAGAUUCAAAGGAACACUCCUUGCCGCAACAAGGAAAGAUGCAAAUCAAUGUUUAUUCCCUAUAGAUCACUUUCCGGGUCGGUUUAGGAAAGGUUUUCGGAACAGGCUCGUAGAAUUGUUCAACAAAUGUGCAUAUGCUUCAUCGGUGUCGGUUUACAAAGCUGCGGAGGAAGACUUUUACCAAUUUGGUGGAGAUAAAGCUAGGACCUUUAUUGCGAGUGUCCCCAAAGAGCAUUGGAGUAACGCGUAUUUUGAAGGUCAACGGUACGGUGAGAUGAGCUUUAGUGCUGUGGAGUCGUUUAACAAUUGGAUUCUUAAAGCUCGGGAAAUGCCUGUUUUUUAUUUAGUUGAUGAACUUCGUCGCAAAAUUAUGAAGCAAAUGGCAGCUAAGAGAGUAAAGUCGAUGAAAUGGAAUUCAGUUAUUUGUCCGAAUAUGGAUAAGAAGUUAGCUCGUUUUAUCAAGAAAGGAAGGUCGUGGAGGAUCAUUAUGUCGAAGGGUGGUUUGUACGAGGUGCGUUGUCUUCCCCCGAAGGUAGUAUCUGUUGAGGAAAGGACGUGCUCUUGUGGUCAAUGGCAGUCUACCGGUUUCAUGUGUAGGCAUGCUGCAACGGUUAUUAUAAAAGCUUGCGGUGGGGAAGGAACUUUGGUGGACCACAUGGAUCCGUUAUACCUUAUUGAUGCAUAUCGGCGACUUUAUGAAGAACCCAUAUAUCCAGUUGUAGAGAGUGACAUUCCUGAUUUUACAACGGAAGGUGACCGGGUUAUAAACCCUCCACGGAAUAGGCGGCCAGCAGGUAGGCCCAAAGUUAAAUGCAUUCGUUCAAGGGGUGAAGAGUCAUAUACUAGGCCAAAUAAAUGUGGGAGGUGCCAUAAGGCUUCAAAGCACAACCGAAGAACAUGCAAAGAGCUAAGCGAUAUAUGAGGCAAUGAGUCAAAUAUGAGAAUAAAGGAGAGAUUAUGAUGAAGAAUAGAAUAAAGUUGGGGGUUUUUUUUUUUUGCCUUAUUCAUGCUUAUAUAUUGAAGUUGUUUCGUUUGGAUUAUGGAUAAAUAAAGAGUUUAAUAUUUU